AUGGCAGCUGCGCCAAAUGAAUGUGAGGAGUGGAUAGGCAGUGCAUACCUGUUUGUGGAGUCUUCAGUGGACAAAGUGGUCCUGUCUGAUGCCUAUUCUCAGCCCCAGAAGAAGGUGGCAGUAUACAGCGCCCUGAGGACUGCGUUGGAAGAAAGCUGCGGGACCCCAGACCAACUGCAGAUGCUCAAGAUCCACCGCAGUGACCCGCAGCUGAUUGUGCAUUUGCGUUUCUGCGGACGCCAGCCAUGCGACCGCUUCCUGAGGGCCUACCACGAGGGGGCGCUGUGCACCGCGCUACAGAGAAGCUUGGCGGCUGCGCUCGCCCUGAACUCUGUGCGGCUUCUACUGGAGCUGCGUGCUGGCGCUGAGCUGCUGGACUCUUGGCUGCCAGACAAGGAGCGGUGCUUGAAUUGCAUCUUUUCUCAGAAGCCCGAUCGGCUGCGGGACGAGGAGCUUGCUGAGCUGGAGGAGGCGCUCGGAAAUCUGACAUGUGGACCCGAGGGCCAAGGUGGCGAUAUGAAGGUCGCUCGGGCCCCCUUGCAGUCCCAGGCCCCCGCCCAAUCCGAGGAGAAGCCACCGCUACCAGGCCAAACUUUUCUGUUCCAGGGUCAGCCCAUAGUGAACCGACCACUGAGUCUACAGGACCAACAGACAUUCGCCCGCUUAGUGGGCCUCAAAUGGCGCAAGGUAGGGCGCUCGCUGCAGCGUGGCUGUCGGGCGCUACGGGAUCCAGUGCUGGACGCCCUGGCCUAUGAGUAUGAACGCGACGGGCUUUACGAGCAGGCCUUCCAGCUGCUGCGGCGCUUUGUGCAAGCUGAAGGCCGCCGCGCCACCCUGCAACGUCUGGUGGAGGCGUUGGAGGAGAAUGAGCUCACCAGUCUGGCGGAGGAUUUGCUGGGCCUGGCAGAUCCCGAUGGCCUUCAAGUUUAG